AUGGUAAAUGGUGAGAAUGGUAUCACUGACCUGAAGGCUAAUGCUCUGAAAUCAAUUCAAAAUAUUGAGAGUAUCAACCUGGAACAAAAUACCAUCAAGUCCAUCCACCCCAAAGCCUUCUCUGGUGCCAAUCGACUGAUGCUCCUCAAUCUCUACGCCAACCACAUCACCAACCUCCCACAGAGGGUAUUCCAGGACCUCCUGAACCUCCGUUUUCUCAUGCUGGGACAGAACCAGAUUUCCGUCCUUAAACCUGAGAUGUUUGCUGGCAUGAGGAACUUGUCAGACUUAGACCUUCCUCUCAACGCGCUGACAACGCUCCCGUCCAAUGCCUUCAAGCCUCUGAUCGCCCUCAAGGUUCUUGAUCUUUCCAUGAAUCGCAUCCAGAAGAUAUCUCCCAAGGCCUUCAAUGGACUCAGAAAGCUCAUGUUUCUCAACCUAGACAGUAACAGUCUGAAGAACGUUCCUAAUGGAGCUUUCAGAACGCUGCCAUCCCUUGAGAUGCUGGUGUUGGACAAUAACCUUCUGUCCACACUGAGCGUGUCAACUCUUGAUGGCCUGGGCAAUUUGCAGGAACUCUACCUGAGGAACAAUGAGCUGGAACAAAUACCCCCUGAUUUGUUCAAAAACAUGGCCAAGCUCUCUCGGCUGGUUCUCAGUGGGAACCGCCUGAAGACAUUGGACGCAAACAUGUUCGCCCCUGUUCCUGAUCUGAAGAAGCUCCAUCUCCAUGACAACACGUGGCAAUGUGACUGUCACAUCAUCUCCUUGGUGCAGUGGAUGGGACAGACCAAGGUCACCCUCUCGCCGCGGGACUCCGUCAGGUGCACGGGUCCUAAGAAGCUCCAGAACAAAAGCCUCUCCAGUCUUCAGGCUGACCAGCUGAUCUGUCCUGCCUAAUGCCAGAAAAGGUUCAGAUGAUUAACUUGAACUUUUACACAUGUACAUUUAAUUAGUUUAUUGCGACAUAUAUAUAUUAUUCAGCUUAAACAUGCAUUAUCUGUUACAUUGGCUAAACCAUCAUGUAUAUGUAGAAUUUUGACCCAUACAUGAACAUGGUUUAAAGCAUUAAAAUCACUAAACACAUACAUUAUUAGGUUUUCAUUCAACAGGAAGAAUGUGCAUUAGUGUUGCGUUCUCCACCAGCUAAGUACAAGUGCUGUCUCCUAUCUCCAAAUCAAACACAGAGAUUAAUAUUAUAAUCUCAUAUUGCUUUUCGUAUAAACCCUGCGCAGGUUUGGAAAGUGGUGGAUUACAUGCAAUGGGAUUAUAUUAAUCCCAUUCCAAGAAAAGGUUUCUGUGAUCUUUUAUGGUGGAUGUAAAUUAAAAGCCUUUUUUGGAUAGAGCAAUGAUACACUGCCAGGAUGUGAAGAGCAAGAACAGUCAAGGAUGGCUGGAAAUAAUGUAAAUCUAUUGAAAUUGUAAUCCCUAAAUUAGAUUAAAGUGAAAUAAGGAAGGUGAUCCAGGCUGAGGUUGCCAUGCAGCCCAGCAGUAAUGCCCUGCAUGGACGUAUCUAUCUUGACACCUGAACAUGACUUGCAAAUGUGGUCAUUGAACAGGGCAUUAUCGCCACCCUCUUUUCUUCUACCACUUUAUAACCUGGCUACAAGAAUCCACUACAAUUUAUUCAUUAGAGCUUCAACAAGGUCAAAUAUUAAUGUUGGGGUUAUCACCCAACAUGGCCGAGGUCACAGUAAGCGUUCCAGUUAAUUCCAAACGUGUACGAUAAGGAUUCUGCUCCUACAGAGAGUUCAUGUUGAAGCUGUCAUAAUGCCUUUACUACUUCAGAAAUGUAUUCUCAAUAUGGUGAGAUGGGUUCAUGAA